CCUGCUGGUUCAGUGUGUGUGUGAGAGACAGUGGACAGCGAACAGACGGUGAUCUGCGUUCUGCCUUUCCUCCUUCUCUCCUCCACAGAAAUGGCAGAGCUCAACCACUGGAUCAGCAUCAGAAUCUGCGCUGUCACUUUAUCUCUGUUCCUUAUUCAUACGCAAGUUCCAAGACAAGGCCAGUCGAUGCAAACCGAGAAACGAGAGCUCCUGGUGUCCACAGAGAUCCCAGCUGAGCACAUCGACCCUGCUUCCAUAGAUCUUACUGGACUCGUCAACACACUCGUCAAUGCUUCACAGCCAGGUUCCCAGCAUCUUUUCUCGUUACUCAGUGUGACGUCUCACAGUUCCCUCUCUCUCCAAAAGCUCACCCUGCUGGUCUACAACAUCUCAAACUUUCAGGAGAUUGAGAGCAGUUUAUUUUCCUUGAGAUACUGUUACUGCCUGACAAACAGGACCAAUGACCUAACAGAUUUCACAGCUAUUCUGCUGGAUGUGAUGGGAAAUUCCACCAGUUACCUGCAAGAACUGUUUAAAUCCAGCUCCAUCCUCUCAGUCAGUCAGAAAAACAGCUCUGACUGCAUCUAUAUCUGUGUCAUGGCUGGAAAGACAGACAGUGAUCUGUCAAAGCUGUGGGACAUGGACUCUGUCACACCUCUGUUUAAUCAGACCAUCACAGAGGAAAUAGCCAGAGGUAAUAUGACAUUUCCACUCCUGCCCUUUGUAGUGUGGCAUGACCUUCCAAACAACAGUGAUCUGGUGCAAUGGCCUAAAGCCAGUACAGACUCCCACAGGACUGCCAGUACAGAUGUCCACAGGAGCACAGUAUCAGCUAGCAACCUGCCAUUGACAAACACUGAUGCAACAGUGACAUCAUCAACCCCUAUAGCAGCUCUUCCAACUUCUGCCACUGUAACAGCCACUACAACUGUUCCUAUGCCAACCACACCAACUAGUGAUCUUACAACUGCUGGGACAACCCAUCCAACCCCUGAUAUCAUGAUGACAUCAACAAAAUCCAGACCUGUGACUGAAGCCAGCACUCCCAGGAUGACCACGGCAUUUCCACUGCCAACUUUGAGACGAACAACCACAACAAGCAUCCAGCAGCUCACUAAAGCAUCUUAUACUGAAAAACCAGGAUGCCCAUGGAGAAGAGAGCUGCUUCAUCAAGGAAGUGAGAAAGAGGACCUGAAGGAGACCCCCGAAGAGGAGCUGUCGUGGGGCAGGGCGACCAUCAGCUCGGUGAAGCUGCAGCCGUGUGUGUUUGAGCUGUGCAAGUUUUACUCUCAGUGUGUGUGCAGAGGAUUCAGCCACCGAGCAGCAGCUUUACAGCGAUACUGUGUGGACAGUCACCGCUGGUAUGAGAGACAUACAGCAGAAGUCUGCGGUCGGAUGAGGAGAAUCACCUUUUCCAAAAAUCUGAAGCAGAAAUGUCUGGCAAGAAUGUGUGUGAAGAUGUAGGACAAGGUGACAGACAUCUGAACUGAAGAACGUGUGUGUUUAUGUAUGUGUGAGAGAAACAGCUCUGUAAAACACCCCACCGAAUCGAGCAGUGUGUGAAUCUGUA